UGCCGGAGGUGUCGUUGGUGUGUUGCGCUCCUGGGCCUGAGAGUCGAGUGGGGCCUGCGCCUGGGAAGACAGCGCAAUGUCGAUCGAAAUCGAGUCCUCGGAUGUGAUCCGUCUCAUCAUGCAGUACCUGAAAGAGAACAGUUUACAUCGGGCGUUGGCCACGUUACAGGAAGAGACUACUGUGUCUCUGAAUACCGUGGACAGCAUUGAGAGUUUUGUGGCCGACAUUAAUAGUGGCCAUUGGGAUACUGUUUUACAGGCUAUACAGUCUCUGAAAUUGCCAGACAAAACCCUCAUUGACCUCUAUGAACAGGUUGUUCUGGAAUUGAUAGAGCUCCGUGAAUUGGGUGCUGCCCGGUCUCUUCUGAGACAGACUGACCCCAUGAUCAUGUUAAAACAAACACAGCCAGAGCGGUACAUUCAUCUGGAGAACCUUUUGGCCAGGUCUUAUUUUGAUCCUCGUGAGGCUUACCCAGAUGGAAGUAGCAAAGAGAAGAGGAGAGCAGCGAUUGCCCAGGCCUUAGCUGGGGAAGUCAGCGUGGUGCCUCCGUCUCGUCUUAUGGCAUUGCUGGGACAGGCGCUGAAGUGGCAGCAGCACCAGGGCUUGCUUCCUCCUGGCAUGACCAUAGAUUUGUUCCGAGGCAAAGCAGCUGUUAAAGAUGUGGAAGAGGAAAAGUUUCCUACACAGCUGAGCAGGCAUAUUAAGUUUGGUCAGAAAUCACAUGUGGAGUGUGCUCGAUUUUCUCCAGAUGGUCAGUAUCUGGUCACUGGGUCCGUUGAUGGAUUCAUUGAAGUAUGGAACUUUACGACUGGAAAAAUCAGGAAGGAUCUUAAGUACCAGGCCCAGGAUAACUUUAUGAUGAUGGAUGAUGCUGUCCUCUGCAUGUGCUUCAGCAGAGAUACAGAAAUGUUAGCAACUGGGGCCCAAGACGGAAAAAUCAAGGUAUGGAAAAUUCAGAGUGGACAGUGUUUAAGGAGAUUUGAAAGGGCCCACAGUAAAGGUGUCACCUGCCUAAGCUUCUCUAAGGACAGCAGUCAGAUCCUUAGUGCCUCUUUUGACCAGACCAUUAGAAUUCAUGGUUUAAAAUCUGGGAAAACCCUGAAGGAAUUUCGUGGUCAUUCCUCCUUUGUUAAUGAAGCAACGUUUACCCAAGAUGGACAUUAUAUUAUCAGUGCAUCCUCUGAUGGCACUGUGAAGAUCUGGAACAUGAAGACCACAGAAUGUUCAAAUACCUUUAAAUCCCUGGGCAGCACUGCAGGGACAGACAUCACUGUCAACAGUGUGAUCUUGCUUCCUAAAAACCCAGAGCACUUUGUGGUUUGCAACAGAUCAAACACGGUGGUCAUCAUGAACAUGCAGGGGCAGAUUGUCAGAAGCUUCAGCUCUGGUAAGAGAGAAGGUGGUGACUUCGUGUGCUGUGCCCUCUCCCCCCGUGGCGAGUGGAUCUACUGUGUGGGGGAGGACUUUGUGCUCUACUGUUUCAGCACAGUCACUGGCAAGCUGGAGAGAACCUUGACGGUUCACGAGAAGGAUGUGAUUGGCAUCGCACACCACCCUCAUCAGAACCUGAUUGCUACCUACAGUGAAGAUGGACUCCUGAAGCUCUGGAAACCCUAAUUUUGACUUUUCUUUUUAACGUAUCUUGAGAGCAUGUACUUAAAUGAAGACAUAGUCAUGUGUUGCUAUUUUUUUUUUAGGCCAGCUUUCUAAGCAGAUUGUCUGAAUUAGGCACAAGAAUAAUUUUGUGAAAAUUCAUGUUUAAGUAGCAGUUACCCUUUUUUAUAUUUUGUAAAGGUAUUCAUUUCUCUGUUUCUAAUUGGGGCAGUCACUUAAUGUUUUCAAUAAUCUUCUACCUGGAGAGUGAAAUACUGAUGUUUCUAGAAAAAAAUUGUACUCCUUUGAUUAUUUGAAAUGCUGAUUAAAAUGUGCCUCCUUCAGUAAAACUUGUAAAUAAGGAACUAUCCCAUAUUCAGUAGCUGUUUACUGGUUUUUUUUUUAGAUGUUAAUAAACUUGACACCUUUCUGGA